AGUAUGUCCCAAUGGAGUCAAGUUCAACAACUGGAAAUAAAGUUUUUGGAGCAGGUAGACCAGUUCUACGAUGAUAACUUCCCCAUGGAAAUCCGGCACCUACUAGCACAAUGGAUAGAGAGCCAGGACUGGGAGGCUGCAGCCAACAAUGAGGCAAUGGCAAUGAUCCUUUUACAGAAUUUGAUAAUACAAGUGGAUGAUCAGCUGGACCGAGUUUCGCAGGAGAAGAAUCUGCUCUUGAUCCACAACCUGAAAAGAGUCAGGAAGCUGCUGCAGGGUAAAUAUCACGGUAAUCCAAUGCAUAUAGCAGUGAUCAUCUCAAACUGCUUAAGAGAAGAAAGAAGAAUAUUGGCUGCAGCCAGCAUGCCUGUACAGGGGCCACUGGAAAAGUCUCUACAGAACUCUGUGGUUUCAGAACGUCAAAGAAAUGUAGAACACAAAGUAUCAGCGAUCAAGAACAGUGCUCAGAUGACUGACCAAGAUGUGAAAUACUUGGAAGACUUGCAAGAGGAAUUUGACUUCAGGUAUAAAACAAUACAGAGCUUAGAGCAGAAUGACAAAAACAGCGCCCUCAUUAAACAGGAAAUGUUGGCGUUGCAGGCGAUGCUCAAUACUUUAGACUACAAGAGAAAGGAAGUGCUCAGUAAAAUUGGGCGCGUGAUCCAUGAGAUCGAUAUGCUGAUGAGCAACAUGCUGACCGAGGAGCUGCUGGACUGGAAGAGACGGCAGCAGAUCGCCUGCAUCGGGGGGCCCCUCCACGGGGGGCUCGAUCAGCUCCAGAACUGCUUUACGCUGUUGGCAGAGAGUCUCUUUCAAGUCAGAAGGCAGCUAGAAAAGCUGGAUGAACUCUUGACCAGGCUGACUUACGAUGGGGACCCUAUUCCUGUGCAAAGACCUCAGCUGCUGGAAAAAGUCAACUUUCUGCUCUACAACCUUUUCCGGAACUCCUUCGUGGUUGAAAGGCAGCCCUGCAUGCCAACACACCCCCAGAGGCCAAUGGUUCUCAAAACUUUAAUACAGUUCACUGUUAAAUUAAGGUUGCUAAUUAAAUUGCCAGAGCUGAACUACCAGAUAAGAGUGAAAGCAACUAUUGACAAGAAUGUUUCAACCGUAAGUAACCGUAGAUUUGUUCUGUGUGGAACACAUGUGAAAGCCAUGAACAUGGAUGAGUCUGCAAACGGAAGCUUGUCAGUAGAAUUUCGACAUUUGCAACCCAAAGAAAUGAAAACAAGUGCUGGGAGCAAAGGAAAUGAGGGCCCACACAUGGUGACCGAGGAACUGCACUCCAUCAGCUUUGAAACACAGGUCUGCCUCUAUGGAUUGACCAUAAAUUUGGAAACCAGCUCUUUGCCCGUGGUGAUGAUUUCCAACGUCAGCCAACUGCCCAACGCGUGGGCCUCUAUUAUUUGGUACAAUCUGUCAACCAACGAUCCUCAGAACUUGUCUUUCUUCAACAACCCCCCUGCUGCCACUUUAAGCCAGCUCUUAGAAGUACUGAGCUGGCAAUUUUCAUCAUAUGUUGGUCGUGGACUCAAUUCUGAACAGCUCAACAUGCUGGCAGAGAAGCUUACGGGACAGCAAGUCAGUUACAAUGAUUAUCAACUGUCCUGGGCAAAGUUCUGCAAGGAGCAUUUGCCUGGGAAGUCUUUUACCUUUUGGGUUUGGCUUGAAGCAAUCCUGGACUUGAUUAAAAAACAUAUUCUUCCCCUUUGGAUUGAUGGGUACGUAAUGGGAUUUGUAAGCAAAGAAAAGGAACGAAUUCUGCUGAAAGACAAGACACCAGGAACAUUUUUAUUAAGGUUUAGUGAGAGCAAUCUGGGUGGAAUUACCUUUACUUGGGUGGAUCAGCUAGAAAAUGGAGAUGUAACAUUUCAUUCGGUGGAACCCUAUAACAAAGGCCGCUUAGCUGCCCUGCCUUUUGCCGACAUACUGCGCGAUUACAAAGUUAUCAUGGCAGACAACGUUCCUGAAAACCCCCUGAAGUACCUGUAUCCAGAUAUCCCCAAAGAUAAGGCCUUUGGCAAACACUACAGCUGUCAGCCAAACGAAGUCUCAAAGCCCUCAGAUGGAGGAGGGAAAGGUUAUGUUCCUUCUGUAUUUAUCCCAGUCUCCAAAAUCUUAAAUGACUCUACAGAACCUCAUUCUCCAUCAGAUCUUCUUCCAAUGUCUCCAAGUGUUUAUGCUGUGCUGAGAGAACACCUGAGUCCCACAGCCAUUGAAACUGCUCUGAGUUCUCCUUACUCAACUGACUGAAGUGCACAUACUGGAAGAAUUAGUAAUCGUGUGAACAACGGAUGGGUUAAAGAAGUCAUGAUUUCUUUUUCCUGUCACCUCUGCAAGUCAGCUUUUCCUGGAAACCAUUAUGUUAUUCUUGGGUCUCUUCCUUAUCAAUAGCAUAUAAACAAGGAAUUUUCUCCCUAGGGAUUCAAACGGCCUUUUGCAAGUCAGAUUUGCUGUUGUCACCGAGAAAAAAACACAUCCUUUCUGGCUUGGGAGUCAUUUGACUUCAGUGGGGUCCCAGCAGAGAUAAAUUUUACUUGCUAAUUUAACUAAUUUCCAUAGAAUUGCUGUAAAUAUGAGAGCAUAAAGAACAAAAUGUUUUGCUUCUGAACACAGCAUAUAAAGAUAACUAAAGAUAUUAAUGUGUUUGGAGAAAUUAGGAUUUAUUAUGUUAAAUACUUUCUGCUUAAUCAUAAUCUUGUACACCACUGAUUUAGAUACUGUAUCAAAGCAGAGAUUCUUGUUCCCCUCACUCUGAAUGUUCCAGAGGUGUCUGGGGUUUGCUGUUCUCCAAAGGUGAAUUGCCUUCAGCAUAGAUUUUCAUCUGACACCACAGCAGAAGUUGUGAAAGGCAGGUAGGCAAGGCUGGGGAGAGAAGGGAGUUCCAGAAAGGAAGCAGACAUAAAACUUGUGGUGUUAAAAAGGCUGUCUCCAUUUCACCACUGGAAGAGAGAGUCAGUAAAACUUCCCCCUCUCACAAAAUAGUUGCAGAAGUAAAUCUGUUUGGGCAGAAAGCACUCAGAUACUCCAGCAAGUACUGUCAGAGAGUCUACAAAUAAAAAGUCCCAAUCUGAUACACUUUGGAUGCUAACUGGUCAAUGCCAACAGGGAAGCAGUUUUAAAAAGCAGUUACUGAAGAGCUGCAGCAUUUGCUGACCACGUGGAAACUUGUGCUGCAUGUAAUAACAUGCUUCUCACAGGCUCAUUUAAUAAGCAGGACAACUAGUUUUUGUAAAAACGGUAAAUUGCCCUCUUUAAAUACUUUUUUUUUUCCUUUCAGGCAUGUUUACUGCUGAGUUCGGGUCGUUUGGUUUUGUUGUUUUGGUUUUAUUUCCCCCAGCGUUAUCCCUAAAAUCUCUGUUAAUAGAAUAAUAAACUCCAAGGCCAUUAUUUCACAAAUGCAGCUCGAUCAAGAUGCAAGUCAAGAUGGUUAAUGCAUGCAAAGUUCUUAAAACACAAACCCUUGAACAUUUGCACCUAAUUGCUUUCUCAAGCAGGUAAAAAUGAGACUUCUGCUAUGAAAACAUAACCUCCUUGAAUCAGUAAGACAUGGAUUUUACUUUCAUUUCUCCUUUCAUCCGUGCUAUUUACAGUAGUUGAAAGCAAGUGAGCGGAAACAAAGUAAUGAGAUAUUUUUGUGAUACGUAGAAGUAGAUUUCAAAGAAAGAAACACAUCUCUGUUCAUUACACUGAGUGAUUCAAAGCAAGCUGCACAUAAGUUCAGCAAGCAUCACGAAUAAAAUAAAAAACAGUAUGAGCAAUUCUGUAUAUAGCUUGGUAAUAUCUGUAACUUAUAUAACCAGAAUGAAUAAAAUCAGAUUUUGGCUUCAAGUUACAUACCCGGACCUCUGGAUUUUUUUCAAGGCACAGCAAAAACAAUCUUGCUGCCUUUUGGUUGGCCUUAAACUGAGCUACAAACAGUAACACAGACUUCUAAAGCAGGAAACAUGAUCUCCCCUCACAUCAGCUAUUGCAUGCCUUUUCAUUCCAACCUCUUCUCACAAUCCUAAUACAAACAAAAUGGGGGAUACCUUUUAUUUUUGACCACCUAAAGUUCAUGA